CAGUAGGCUAUCGCACCGACAAAAUGAUGUUCAAAAAUGAAAAAUAGUAUCAAGCUGAGCCUGAGUCUUCGCCGAAAAUUCAGCAAGCAGAUGCAGUAAAUAUGCACGACUGUGUACAGUCAACUCGUCUGCUCGGGUUUUAUAUAGUUCAGCACAUUAAGCGUUUACUUUUUCAACUCUUGUCAAAAGAACACGAAUUAAACACGUGCAAUGCUUACCUUUUAUUCAGAGUUCCUGGAAAGGGUCAUAGGUUUUAAGUUUCAGUGCCUCUACAGUUUGAGCAACAGGAAGACGUAGAGUUUGAGCAACAGUAAACGUGCAGCUUGAGCAACAGUAAACGUAGAACCAUGUUAAGAGCUGUGAAGAGUCGUCUUCCUCUGAUUUUAACUUCACGCAAGUUCUUGCAACCGUUUCGGUGGCCAUCUGAUGCGUCAAACUGUCAAAGUUCAAGACGAAUCUUCAUCGGAAAAUGCUCUGGGAAACAUUUCAAUGUGCCGCCGAGUGCCGAGUUUGUUGCACGGGUCAAUGGAAUCCCCACAAUGGCCAAACUACCUUACCAGGAAUCUGCCAACGGGCUGGACGCAGCCUUUAUUGGAGUCCCGAUUGAUACUGGAACUUCCAACCGACCUGGAGCUAGGUUUGGUCCAAGGCAGAUCAGAGUGGAAUCGGCCUUACUUAGGGCCUAUAACAGUGGUACCAGAGCGGCUCCUUAUGAGUCUCUUGUGGUCGCUGACAUCGGGGAUGUCAAUGUCAACAUGUAUGACCUGAAGGACACAUGCAGACGUAUCAGGGAAACCUACAGCAAGGUGCUGGCUUCUGGCUGCAUCCCUCUAACAAUGGGUGGAGAUCACACAAUUACUUAUCCUAUCUUGCAAGCUGUGACUGAAAAAUAUGGACCGGUGGGACUGAUUCAUGUGGACGCUCACUCUGACACCAGUGAUGUGGUCUUGGGGGAAAAGAUUGGCCAUGGGACUCCGUUCAGGCGAUGUGUCGAGGAGGGCCUACUGGACUGCAAACGAGUGGUGCAGAUCGGCCUUAGAGGUUCAGGCUACUCUGCUGACUCAUACGAGUGGAGCCGGGCACAGGGGUUUCGGGUGGUACAAGCAGAGGAAUGCUGGUUCAAAUCAAUGGCACCUCUAAUGAAUGAGGUCAGGAGUCAAAUAGGCAGUGGCCCUGUAUACCUGAGUUUUGACAUUGAUGCUCUUGACCCGGGCUUUGCCCCUGGAACAGGAACACCAGAGAUUGCUGGGCUAACUCCAAUUCAGGGUGUUGAGAUUAUUCGAGGCUGCCGUGGAUUGCACCUCGUGGGAUGCGAUCUGGUUGAAGUGUCUCCACCUUAUGACACAACAGGAAACACCGCCCUGACUGGUGCCAACCUCCUGUUUGAAAUGUUGUGCGUCCUGCCAAAUAUUAAGUACUACUGAAGCUUUUCAACAAACAACUGGAUGUUUUAUCCCUCUGACAAAGAGCUUCUGAGGAGUGCGAUUGCAAGUUUUCUAUUGAAGUUGUGAGGAGAAUCUGCAUCCUUGAUUCAUUUAAAAUCAUGCAUUUCUUAUCUGAAAUAAUUUCUUGAACAUCUUUACUUUUUGUUUAGUCAAAAGCAUUUACUAUACAUAUAGCUCAAAUGCAGUAAGGAUGCUUGGCAUGAUGAGGACCGACUGUAGGUUUGUAAUAUCUUCAUUGUUAGCUUGUGAUUACAAACAGGAAGAACAUAGAAAUAGUGUAUACCACUUCCAAAUUUUGUCAAUUCUUCCAAAUGUCAGAAAU